AUGUCCUUGUCACCGACACCGACAUUGUCACAGUUCGACUCUCGUCCCGUCGUGACGAACCACCAUCUUCCGAGUCGCAACUCGACGAUUCAUCUCAUUGAGGGACUCCCGGGGACAGCUCUCCUUCUACAGACCCACCUAUUUAACAUCUACGACUUCUCGUUAGCGAAGAAGAUGCCAAUGCGCUCAAGGUCCAGUAGUUGCAGCUCCGACCAUGCAGCUGAGGAGUUGGACAGCAUCUCAAAUUAUGCGGUACACGAGGAGAUUGCCCGAGGCACCACCUCCGUGGUGUAUCGCGCAACUUGCAAACGCGGUCGCCUACGGAACCGCCAAGUAGCCCUCAAGAAGACCUCGAACUCCAAACUUAACGAGGCCUCGGAGGAUCGUCGUAACGAAUCCACCGCUCUGCACCAAACACUCCAUCAUCCAGGCAUCGUCACUCUUUUCUCCGAAUUCUCUACGCCAUCGGACAAGUACCAGGUGCUAGAAUAUUGCCCUCGAGGAUCAUUGUCAAGUCUCCUCCGUUCACGCUGCCCAUCAGUUUUGUCUGAGGAAGAACUGAGAGGAAUUGUGAAGAGCCUUGUGCAUGCUCUCACAUACUUGCGCAAGCAGCGCGUCCUGCAUGGAGACAUCAAUCCGGACAAUACACUACUCACAGACGACCUUCGCGCCAAGCUGUCGUGCUUUGGACAGGCUGUCCGGUUACCAACUAUGAAUCCAACAGUUUCAAUGUUUCGUCAAACAAACGCUUAUACUGCUCCAGAGAUUAUCUCUCACAGCUCCCACGGCUUCAGUGUUGACAUAUGGUCUCUCGGCUGCCUGAUGUUGACCUGCCUUACCGGUACCCCUUCUACUGAGGCGUUCUUUGCGGCUAAUGCACCCCAUGUUCCUCUCCCGACGCUAGAGAUCUCAUCCGACCCAAAUCGUCGCAUUCCCUUGCACCGCAUACUCUCGCAUGCAUUCUUCGAGCCCACCUUGAAUGUGGAACCUUUCACUCGCCCACCUCCGCCGCAAGGCUCUGACAAAGAGAAUGAAAUGACCCCGCGCCCUAUAAAGCAAUCCAAAUAUCCUGCGUUGCUCUCCAAAGGCGCCCCUCCUUCCAGAGGCACAUUCUCUGAUCGUCAGCCCGAGCCAGCCAUAGGCAGGACGCCUCUUACAGACACCCGGAACCGCGAUCUACGGAGGGUCCUCAGUGACGAGCUGAGCGAAUCCGCUGCGCCUUCUGCCGUCGCAAGACGGUUCGCAUCUGCACCGCAAUCCAGCUCCGUGGGGACCAAAGCCCUGCGAUUCCUUUCAUCUCAGUCGAGGCAGCUGGGGAUACAUUCGAUACCUACAACCCCUGCGUUGACUGACGACACUGCGUCUGUCGCCUCCGGGGAAGACAUAACGUAUGACGAGGACAUACCACAAGUGGUAAUCGGAAAACACUCUGGGACUCCGGGAAUAGGACAUCCUCUCCUCUCCCGUCCGCAGUCUGUCGAGGGCCACAACGUCCCGCAUCCGACGCACAAGGCUCGUAUCGGAUCUCAGUCGUCGCAGGAGCGCACUGCCGUGGGAUCUGGCGCUCCGUCGAUAGGGCAGCGGUCAAGAACCCCGUCCACUGCUGUCGUGACAUCCAAAGCGCCUAUCCCGCGACAGGAGAGGCGGACAGUCUCAGCACCGCGUGUGGCGCCACCGGUUCCUCACUCUGCAUCGGAGACAAUAUCCACGGCCUAUCUCAGCCCACAGACGCAUAAGGUUGCCCAUGGACAGCUCGUGAUCCUCCCGUCGAAGUCUCUGCUCGUCGAUUUUCGAGAGGGCGACAGACGGCGGGGCAAGAAGGGUAAUGAAGUGUUGUUGAUCAGUCCUGACGGUGACACGAUUCAUGUUUAUAGCGCACCCCACUUGAGCACGCCGUGUUGCUUAGCAGAGCCUUUGGCUACUUACGCCCUGAGUGGGCUGCCUGAGGCGUAUAGGAAAGCCUACGAAGAUGCGAACCGGCUCGUAAAUCAACUCAAGCAGCGCAUACCCCAAUUGGUACUGUACAAGCCAGACCACAAGUGCAUUCUAAUGGCGAACGAGCCGUUAGGCGACAUCGAGCUGACGUUCGGCAGAGGCCCCCUUCCAGACAGCUUGAAGGCGACUGACCCCUCAAUGAGCAAUGAGCCGCAUAUGCGUAUCACACUCCGACGACGACGCCAAGCGGUCGAGAUUGCGCGCUUCAUCCCUUCUGCGCACACCGAAGUCAAGGCGGGCACGGGCGAAUGGAUACGGAAGGUGCUUCCGCUGGCGAUGAACUACCUCUGUGUCUCGGAGGAUACUCUAGCCGCGCUUGAGCCUGGCGAACGAGACGGGCUGGAGCAACUGGCUAGGUUCUUGCGACUCUGUGAAGCGCUGGAGACUCAGGAAAGAGAGCUCAGGGGACAAGAAAUUGCUGCAGACACUAUGCUACAGCGUGCGGCGACCUCUGAGGACGACAAUGACAGUCUCGAUGAACAUGGCGUCAAGACACAUCCGGAGAAUGGACUCACUGGGCUAGGUCGACGUCGUGCUCAAUCGCAAACGUCAACUGUGGGUGCGAUGAUACCUGACGAUGAAGAUGGUACCCUGGCGACUAUGGCAACCAGAGCAUCUUCAUCUAGCGCAAGUGUAUUGCCGUCUAUCGAGCUCGCUCCGCGUCCCUCGAAAUUCUCUACGGGUCUACAGUCACGACUCGGGGUCACAAAUACUGGUUUCGGGUCUCAUACUAGCUCUAGCCUUGGCUUCGGCUCAGCACGUCCGCCUACCUCGCUGCCUGUGUCCUGUGCUAAGUCUGGAUCUGGCUCAAUGAACCGGCUCGGCUCCAACGGCUCUUCGGAUGGUCAUGGCAAUCCGGAAACAAGAUUCAUAGCCUCAAUCGGAUGGUGCAUGCGAACUACUUCGUGCGGCUUGCAAUCGUACAAGCUCAUGUUACAAGAUGGUGCCACGCUCGCGGUCGACGUGUCCGAGACUGGAGAAGACGUCUGGUACGCCAAGUCCCCCAGGAGCAACCCUACAUCUUCCGGCUGUCUGCUGAAAAGCUGA